AUGCAGACAAAUUACUAUUCAGUGACUAAGCAGAGGAUGUUGCAGGCGAGGGCUCUGUGUAAAGAGGCCAGGGGAGGUCUGAACCUCGGGAAGAAGAUCAGCGUUCCAAAGGACGUGAUGAUGGAGGAGCUCAACCUUCCAUCUAAUCGAGGCUCUCGCAUGUUUCAGGAGAGACAGAAGAGGGUGGAGAGGUACACGCUGGAGAACGCUGCCAAUGUUGCUUACAACAAUAGCAAUGUCCAUCUAGAGGCCGUUCCGCCCCCACAGAUCAUCCAGCAGCCACAGGGAGGAAAAGAGAACCAGGCUUUCUCCAUGCCUGGUAAGCAUAGCCUGGUCAUGAACCUUCAGAAGACUGUAGCAAAGAAGGGCAGCCCUGACGUCCUCGCUCCAGGUUAUUCUGGCCCUCUGAAGGACAUUCCUCACGAGAAGUUCAAUACAACAGUAAUCCCAAAAUCAUACAGUUCUCCAUGGGGAGAAGCUUUGGGGGACACCAUAGAGGUUCUCAAUGCCCAGCUGCCCCAGAUCCCACAAAGACCAGAGCCAUCUACCUACAGGAGCUUCAACAGAUCUGCCAAGCCCUUCGGUGGAGGUGUGGUGAGAAAGAGGGUGAUUCCAGUGAUUGGCUUUGAGGCAGUGGAAUCACAGAACCUGCCGGGCAUUGCUCUGGACCGCAUGUGUCGACGGCCGAAUUUCAACAGAGCGCCCAAGGGAUGGGGAAUUGAUUAUAACCCUGAGUCUAAUGAACUAUGAAAAUGGGCUGAUCAGCUAAAGACUGAAACACUGACCUACGCUUGCUGCUCUUUUCCCACAAAGAUGACCCCUCUGUUAAUCAGUGGGCACUGCAGGGGAGAGAGAGAAAAAACAUACUCCUGAAUGAUUGCUACUGCUGAGUGGUUUGACCUGAUGAAGUAAACUCAAGACUACUGGAAUCACUUGAUUACCACAGUAGAGUCCUGCUGGACAAUGCAGCCACAGUUGAAUAUGUCCUUUUGUUAUGUUUAGUAGCAGAGGUGUGGACUCCAGUCACAUGACUUGUACAAAAGUCAGACUCAAGUCUCAAAUUUGACUUUACAAAAUAAAAAGGCUUGCAACUCAACUUGUAUUUUAACAUAAAUUACUUGCAACUUAACUUAACUUGAAAACUUGAUACCUUUUCCGAGGUCAUGCUACAUGCCAGCAAUUUUCAAACCAGGAGCUGCGAGGGGGCAUCAGCAA